CAAUGCAAGCCGUGAUGUGGCACCUUCUUCUAACUUCGUGCCGUUGAUUGCUAAUGAAUGUCCAUAUUUGUGUCUUGGACACGUGUGCGUUUUAUUAUAUUGCUCAUCAAAUUAAUGUGAUUUUCCAGAAGUAUCUUAAAGAUAACUUGCAAUAUUUGCUUUAAAACUUUUUGUGUAGUCAUCAUAUCCCAGGAAAUAAAAUGGGAAUUAAAUUUUUAGAAGUAAUUAAGCCCUUUUGUGGUAUUUUACCUGAAGUGGCUAAGCCCGAAAGAAAAAUUCAGUUUCGAGAGAAAGUAUUAUGGACAGCAAUUACGCUCUUCAUUUUUCUUGUAUGCUGUCAAAUUCCUUUAUUUGGAAUAAUGUCAUCAGAUUCAGCAGAUCCUUUUUAUUGGAUGAGAGUAAUUCUUGCAUCAAAUAGAGGCACACUUAUGGAACUUGGUAUUUCACCUAUUGUCACAUCUGGUCUCAUUAUGCAACUUUUGGCUGGUGCAAAAAUAAUUGAAGUUGGUGAUACUCCUAAAGACAGAGCACUUUUCAAUGGAGCCCAGAAAUUAUUUGGUAUGGUGAUAACUAUUGGUCAAGCUAUAGUUUAUGUGAUGACUGGAAUGUACGGAGACCCAGCUGAUAUUGGCGCUGGGGUUUGCAUUCUUAUUAUCAUCCAGCUUUUUGUUGCUGGUUUAAUAGUUUUGCUUCUUGAUGAAUUACUGCAAAAAGGCUAUGGUCUAGGAUCUGGAAUUUCAUUGUUUAUUGCCACAAAUAUUUGUGAAACUAUUGUAUGGAAAGCUUUCAGCCCUGCUACUGUAAAUACUGGAAGAGGUACUGAAUUUGAAGGUGCUAUUAUUGCCUUAUUCCACCUUCUUGCAACUAGGACUGAUAAAGUCAGAGCUUUGCGAGAAGCUUUCUAUCGUCAAAACCUGCCAAAUCUUAUGAAUCUUUUAGCUACAGUUCUUGUUUUUGCAAUAGUUAUUUAUUUCCAGGGAUUCAGAGUAGAUCUGCCAAUCAAAUCAGCCCGCUAUCGUGGACAGUAUAGUUCUUACCCCAUAAAGUUGUUUUACACUUCAAACAUUCCAAUUAUACUUCAGUCUGCACUUGUUUCUAACCUUUAUGUUAUUUCCCAGAUGCUUGCUGUGAAGUUCAGUGGAAAUUUCCUUGUUAAUUUGCUUGGAGUUUGGGCGGAUGUUGGUGGAGCUGGUCCAGCUCGAGCAUAUCCCAUAGGAGGUUUAUGCUAUUAUUUAUCUCCACCUGAAAAUUUAGCACAUAUAUUUGAAGAUCCUAUCCAUGCAGUACUAUACAUAGUUUUUAUGCUGGGUUCCUGUGCGUUUUUCUCAAAAACAUGGAUAGAAGUAUCAGGAUCGAGUGCAAAAGAUGUUGCCAAGCAGUUAAAAGAACAGCAAAUGGUUAUGAGAGGCCACAGAGAAAAGUCAAUGAUUCAUGAGUUGAAUCGUUAUAUUCCAACAGCAGCAGCAUUUGGUGGCCUUUGUAUUGGUGCUUUAUCUGUUCUUGCAGAUUUCUUAGGUGCCAUUGGAAGUGGUACUGGUAUUCUAUUAGCAGUCACAAUUAUAUACCAGUAUUUUGAAAUCUUUGUAAAAGAACAGAGUGAAAUGGGAGGAAUGAGCACACUACUUUUCUAAAAUGAACUUUAUUAGAAAUCAGCGGUUUUACAUUAUUUCAUUAGAUACAGUAUAUGCUGUAACUCUCAUCUCACAGAAGAAUGGAUAUAAAGAAAUUGUGAAAUUUUUUUUCUAA